AUGAACUUGCUCCACAGAAUGAAGAAUCUAGCUGUGGUCUUUGUCUUGUUGGCUGUUCUCGGACAGACCUGUGGCAGUGGUUCAAAUCUUGCUCUAUUUGGAAAAGCCAGUCAGUCCUCCACUUACUAUGGUGCAUCACCUCAAAGAGCCAUUGAUGGAAAUACUGAAGGCACAUAUGGAAAGGGAUCCUGCUCUUGCACAAGGAGACAAACAAAUCCAUGGUGGAGAGUAGACCUUGGAAAGACAUAUAAGAUCGACACUGUCACCAUCACCAACAGAAAAGAUUGUUGCUCUGGUAGGCUAAAUGGUGCUGAGAUUCACAUUGGAGAUACCCUUGUUGCUAGCGGCAACGCCAAUCCCAGAUGUGCUGUUAUUCGUUCCAUAGGACCUAGAAAAUCCAAAACCUUUAAGUGCAAUGGAAUGGAAGGCCGUUAUGUAAACAUUGUGAUCCCUCGAAAAAGGCGAUAUCAAUACCUGACACUGUGCGAGGUGGAAGUCACUGGGACAGCCUCAGAGGAGACUGAUGAAUAUGCCUGCAAUUGAUACUGAAAUAAUUCCUCAUA